AUGGCAGCGGAGCCGGCCGGUGGCGGGGUGCGGAAGCGGCGGGGUGCGGCGGGCGCAGUGCCGGGUGGCUUGUGCGGAGUGUGGGUGAAGGUUCGGGCGGCGCGCGCGGCCUUUGCUUCGCUCUGUCGCGGUGCCGGCGGGAUGACGCGCUUCGCUCUGACAGUGGUCCGGCAUGGAGAAACAAGACUUAACAAGGAGAAAAUCCUUCAAGGACAAGGAAUCGAUGAGCCUCUUUCAGAAACUGGAUUUAAACAAGCAGCUGCUGCUGGUAUAUUUCUUAAUAACGUGAAGUUUACUCACAUUUUCUCCAGUGACCUCGUGAGGACAAAGCAGACCGUGCAUGGAAUUUUGGAGAAGAGCAAAUUUUGCAAAGAUAUGACAGUAAAGUAUGAUUCAAGACUUCGAGAAAGGAAAUACGGGGUUGCAGAAGGCUGGCCGCUGAGUGAGCUAAGGGCCAUGGCCAAAGCAGCUGGGCAGGAGUGCCCUGUGUUUACACCGCCCGGAGGAGAGACCUUGGACGAGGUGAAAAUGCGUGGAAAAGACUUCUUUGAAUUUCUUUGUCAGCUGAUUCUGAAAGAAGCAGGUCAGAAUGAACAGUUUUCCCAAGAAGCCCUGAGCGACUGUCUGGAAAGUUCUUUGGCAGAGAUAUUUCCUUUAGGGAAAAACUGUGCCUCCCAGUUUAAUUCGGAUGGCGGCGCUCCAGGGUUAGCCGCCAGUGUCUUAGUCGUGAGUCACGGCGCCUACAUGAGAAGCCUGUUGGAUUAUUUCCUGACCGACCUUAAGUGUUCCUUCCCGGUGACCUUGAGCAGGUCCGAACUCACAUCCGUCAGCCCCAAUACAGGGAUGAGCGUCUUUAUCAUAAACUUUGAGAAAGGAGAAGUGAAACCAACCACCCAGUGUGUGUGUGUGAACCUACAGGGCCACCUGACCGGGGUGACCAAAGCUCACUAAAUUUCAAUCUGCAUCGAAAUCUAACAAAUGUGAGCCUCUGACGGAGUGCCUUUGCCUUUAUUUCCACUCUCUGCUGAUGCAGACCUGGAAACAGUUAAAAAGCUGUCCCCAUUAUAGCAGGUUAUAAAGCUCGAAUGGAAUCAGAGCCACGUGAAACACUAAUGGAGAACCAUCGAGAUUGACUUCUUUUUUGUGAGUACAGUUGG